AUGUCUAUUGAAGAAGCAGAAGCAGCAAUCCAAGAGUACAUAGAGACGACAUAUCCCAGAAAACUGUCUUACAACGAAUUUUUAUCCAAAAAUGAGAAGCUGUUAAUCGCAGAACACAAUCAAAAAACGUGGCCUGAGCAAAACGGACUGUGGAAGAAACGAUUUUUAAAUGUCGUCAAAAAAACGAUUAUAGAUGAGAAUAUGAUUCAAAAAAUUAAAAAUGAAAAAACAGACAAGGAUUUUUGGUGUUAUAUCGAAAAUUCUCAAAAACUAGAAAUAAUUCGGGAGAGACAGGUGAAACUUAUUAAACGGAAAGUUGAUUUGUGCUCAAUAGAGAUCUACGAUAGAUCAACUUCUCAACAAGGAGCUGAAAUUUUGGACCUCUAUCCUCCUCAAAAAAAACUGUGUAAGGACAUCGAACUUGAUGAAGGUGAAAUCAUUGAGAAAUAUGAUGAAAAUUUAGAUACGGCAGAUAAAGGAACCAAGGAAUCUACUAAAUUACAGUCUGAUUCAGAGAAGCUCCGUGAUGAAAUUUGUGAAGUUCGCAGUGAAAUCCGUAACGAAAUUCGCAAUAUAAUUCGAGACGAAAUUCGGGAAAUCUGUAAAGGAAUUUGUGAUGGAAUUCGCGAAGAAAUCCGUGAUGCGUUGAAAAAAUAA